ACUUGGAUCUAACGGAGGACAUGACACAAAACCGAGCGCAAUGGCGUUCUAGGAUUCAUAUAGCCGACCCCACUUAGUGGGAAAAGGCUUUGUUGUUGUUGUUGUUGUUGUUGUUGGUCUUUCGGGUACAAGUACACACAUGUCUGAACUUUCAGAUAAUGCAAUCUUGGUAACGAAAGGGAUAGAAAUGGAAUAUAGCAAGAUUCUGGGAUUCGUAAAAGGCAUGGAUCUUUCAUGCAACUUUAUGUAUGGAGAGAUCCCUGAAGAACUUACUGGCCUCCUCGCAUUGCAGUCACUCAAUUUAUCGAAUAAUCGCUUCACCGGAAGAAUUCCUUCAAAGAUUGGUAAUAUGGCAGGGUUAGAAUCUCUCGAUUUUUCCAUGAACCAACUUGAUGGUGAAAUUCCUCCAAGCAUGACGAAUUUGACAUUUCUGAGUCACUUAAACUUGGCCUACAACAAUUUGACGGGACGAAUUCCAGAAAGCACUCAACUGCAAAGCCUUGAUCAGUCGAGCUUCUUCGGCAACGAACUAUGCGGAGCUCCACUCAACAAGAAUUGCCGCGCGAAUGGGGUGAUACCGCCACCAACAGUUGAGCAAGAUGGAGGAGGAGGAUACUGUUUACUCAAAGACGAGUGGUUCUACGUGAGCUUGGGAGUUGGAUUCUUCACGGGGUUUUGGAUGGUGCUUGGUUCUUUGCUGGUAAACAUGCCAUGGAGCAUUCUUCUUUCACAGUUGCUGAAUAGGAUAGUGCUUAAAAUGUAUCAUGUAAUUGUUGAAUAUGUUUAGCUUUGUUUUGUACUUUGAGUAAGUUUGUUGGCA